UCUUAUCUGUCUUGUCUGUAAAUAAGAAAAUUUGAUUUGAUUGGCGUAAUUUUGCUUUUGUAGAAUUGAAAAGUAUCUCAUUGUAUGGUUUUUGGUUUACCAGGUGAGUAAGGAGAAAAUAAUUAAAAAAUCCACUAUUUUUAGAAGAGCAACAAAAGUAGUGAUGAAAAUGUGAACAUUAAUGAUGUUAAUUUCCAUGAGAAUGUUUAUGUUUGUAGGAUUUGUUUUCAUAUAGAAUUAGAACCUAGAGUUUUAGAUGCUUAAAUUUUUAUCAAAUUUUUAAAGUAACUAUUUUUCUUGACCCUUUUAAGAAAAAAAAUAUAAUGUUAAUUUUAAAAUUGAUUACUUUCAUUUAUACUUUGAACUUAAAUAUCUCAUUCAAACGUGAUAUAAAAAAUUUUCACUAAUCUUGAGUAGUACUUAAGUUAAUUACUUAUAGAAAGGAAAAAAAAAAAAUGCUUUUGGUUAUCUGGUCUCCGACGCAAGCAAACUCUUAAAGAAAAAGUGAUUCUUGUCCGAGAGGCAAACAUAAUGGCUCCCCUUUAUUUUCCAUUUGUACUCUAUAUUUAUUAAUUUUCUUUGCCCCAGAAUUUGGGUUAAGCUUAAAAAGGGAACUGCGAUAUAUAUCAGAAAUAUGUCUUUUCACCCAUAAGGACAUUUUAUGUAACGGUUUGGAGUGGGUAUUUUCCAACAAAUAUUUUAUCAUCAAUCUUCCUCUUAUUGUCUUUCAUUAGAUCCUAACACCAUUUGGAUAUACGUACCGGCAGAUUAAAUAUGGAAGUAAGGGAUGCGUUAGGUGCAGCUGUUCUUAAAUAUCUUGAGGGAUCAUAUAAUUAUGUGGAUUGGAGUAUUCAAGUACAAACCUAUUUGGUGGCUAAAGAUCUUUGGGACACAAUUGAAGCAACUGCCAAACCUCCUAAGGAAGAAGAUGAUGAAGCUGCUUUCAAUGCUUGGAACGACAAGAAUUCCAUGGCUUUACGUGUGAUCAAGAAUUCAUGCCAGCAGAACACAUUUUUUGAGAUUAGUGAGAUCAGUUUCGCUAAAGAUGCAUGGAAUACUUUAGCAAAAAAAUACCUCCCUAAAGUUGUUCUACAAGUUAUUGACACAGAUAAUUAUGUGGAGUGGAGUGUUCAAGUAAAAGACCAUUUGAUGGCCCAUGAUCUUUGGGACAUAGUUGAAGAAACCACCAACCCUCUUUACCAAGAAGAUGAUUACACCACUGUCCAUGCUUGGAGGAAUUCUAUGGCUUUACAUGUGAUCCAGAAUUCAUGCGAUCUGGACACAUUAUUUGAGAUUAGGGAUAUUAGCUCUGCAAAAGUUGCAUGGAAUACUUUGGAAAAAAAGUACCUCCCUAAAAAUACUAACUCAGAUGUUAUUCAGGUUCUUGAGGAAUAUAAUUAUGUGGAUUGGAGUGUUCAAGUAAAAGACUAUUUGACGGCCCAUGAUCUUUGGGACAUAGUUGAAGAAAACAACAAACCUCCUAGGCAAAAAGUCGAUGAAGUUGCUUGUAAGGCUUGGAGCAAGAAGAAUGGCACGGCCUUACAUGUUAUCCAGAUUUCAUGUGGAAUAGACGCAUUUUCUAGAAUUAAAAAGAUUAGCACUGCAAAAAUUGCUUGGAAUAUUUUGGCAGAAUGGAACCGAACUAAUGUUGACCGUGAGGCAUUCCUAAAGGUUGCGCAAAACUGGAAGCAUAUUAAUAUUGACCAUGAGGCCUUCAAAAAGGACUUCAAAAAGGUUGUGGAAAGUGGUGUUUGGAACGAUGUAGAGGAUUUCCUUAUGCGUCAUCCCGAUUCUGCGGGUUUGAAAAUCACAAAAAAUGGCAAGACGGCUCUUCAUGUUGCUGUUGAUGCUGGGCAUGAGUCUAUAGUGGAGAAGUUAGUGGUGAAAAUGUCGGAACAAGAAUUGGCUGUAAAAGAUGAAUAUGGGGACACAGCUUUAUUUAAGACAAUUUAUAAGAAAAACUACCGAAUGGCAGAGUGCAUGCUUAGAAAGAACGUGAGCUUGGUCAGCAUUAAAAAUUCUUCAGAUGUACUUCUAGUUGUUAAGGCUCUUUAUUGGAGUAAAAAAUUGGCUCGCUAUCUCUAUUCUCGCACUCCAAAGGAAGAUCUAAACCCAGAAAAAGGCACAGACGGUGCUAGACUUUGUCGAGAGGCUAUAUACAACCAAACUUUAGAUAUUGCUUUGGAUUUAAUUGAGCAUUUUCCAAGUUUGGCUCAUGCUACGGAUGAAAACGAUUGCAGCCCUUUGUAUGCAUUGAUUACUAGGCCUUUUGCAUUCCCGAGUGAAAAUCGGCUGGUGUUUUGGAAACGAUGGAUAUAGAAGUGUAUAUACAUUCAACCAGCUCGUGCCAUCAAGGAAAUUCGUUUGAACAUUAGUCAAAGUGUGGAAAAAGGCCAAAGUGAUCCAGUUAAAAU